AUGGCUGCGCUCGUGAGUAUCCGUGCAUGUCUGUCCGCGCUUCAGCUGUCCUCACCCAGUCUGCUGCACAGCUCCUACAGGCUGUGUGCCGUUCCUCUGAGUCAGAGGAAUUUUGCAGCCGAUGCUAAAAGAGUGUUUUCCCGCGAUAAACCUCAUGUAAACAUCGGCACCAUCGGCCACGUUGACCACGGGAAGACCACGCUCACCGCUGCUAUCACCAAAGUCCUGGCCGAGGCUGGAGGUGCUCGCUAUAAGAAGUAUGAAGACAUCGAUAACGCUCCGGAGGAGAAAGCUCGAGGAAUCACCAUCAACGCCUCACACGUGGAGUACAGCACGGCUAACCGCCAUUACGCUCACACAGACUGUCCAGGACACGCCGACUAUGUCAAGAACAUGAUCACAGGAACGGCUCAGCUGGACGGCUGCAUCCUGGUGGUGGCGGCCACGGACGGUCAGAUGCCUCAGACGCGUGAGCACCUCCUGCUGGCCCGACAGAUCGGCGUGCAGAACGUGGUGGUGUACAUCAACAAAGCCGACGCCGUGGACGACCCCGAGCUCCUGCAGCUGGUCGAGCUGGAGAUCCGGGAGCUGCUCAGCGAGUUCGGCUACAACGGGGACAACACGCCGGUCAUCUCGGGGUCAGCGCUCUGCGCCCUGGAGAACAGGCAGCCUGAGCUGGGCCUGAACUCCAUCAUGAAGCUGCUGGAGGUGGUGGACGAGUACAUCCCUCUACCCAAGAGAGAGCUGGAAAAGCCCUUCCUGCUGCCCAUCGAGGGGGUCUACUCCAUACCAGGUCGUGGAACAGUGGUAACUGGUACUCUGGAGAGAGGAGUCAUCAAGAAAGGAGACGAGUGUGAGUUCGUGGGACAUAACCGUUCCGCCAAGUCAGUAGUGACAGGUAUCGAGAUGUUCCACCAGUCUCUGGAGCGAGCUGAGGCAGGUGAUAACCUGGGUGCGUUGGUGAGGGGUGUGAAGAGAGAAGACAUGAGGCGGGGUAUGGUCAUGUGCAAACCCGGCUGCAUCCAACCCCAUCAGAAGGUCAAAGCCCAGGUUUACGUCCUGAGCAAAGAGGAGGGCGGGCGACACAAACCCUUCGUCACCAACUUCAUGCCCGUCAUGUUCUCACUUACCUGGGACAUGGCCUGUAGGAUCCAGCUCCCUGAUGGCAAGGAGAUGGUGAUGCCCGGAGAGGACACGUCUCUGACCCUGACCCUCAGACAGCCCAUGGUGCUGGAGAAAGGACAGCGCUUCACGCUGAGGGACGGCAACAGGACCAUCGGCACAGGACUGGUCACGGACAUCCUGCAGACCACAGAGGAGGACCAGCACAACUGGGGCUGAGGGCGCUGUACAAA